AUGUCGAGCAAGGAUCCGGUUGUAUGCGUCUUCUGCGGAUCAUCCGCAGGAAACAGACCCGAUCAUAUCGAGUCCGCUCGAGUCCUUGCUAACACGCUAGCUGAUGCGAACUACAAGCUCGUCUAUGGCGGAGGGACGAUGGGUAUCAUGGGAGAGGUAUCGAAGACGCUGGUGGCUCGCAAGGGACCACAGUCCGUCCAUGGAAUCAUUCCACGAGCCUUGAUCCGUACCGAGAAAGAUGGCACCCUUCGCAAUGGUGAAGCCCAGGAGGUGAAGCCCAAGGUCGAACGAUCCAUGACCAACGAAGAGCUACAACAGAUCACAUCCAACACAUCAGAUACAGACCCAGACAAGAAGAUCGUACCGGAAAGUGAAUUUGGGUCAACGACUAUCGUACCGGAUAUGCAUACUCGCAAACGCAUGAUGGCUACUUGUGUCGAGGCCGGAGGGCCUGGCUCUGGUUUCGUGGCUCUUGCUGGCGGGUACGGCACCUUGGAGGAAGUCAUGGAGAUGGUCACAUGGAAUCAGCUGGGCAUCCACCAACUCCCAGUCAUCCUCGUCAAUGUGGACGGCUACUGGGACGGGUUGCUGGCAUGGGUGAGGAACAGCAUUCGCGAAGGCUUUGUCGGAGAAAGCAACGCGAAUAUCCUGGUGGAGGUCAAGCGUGCAGAGGAUGUCGUGGAAGCGCUCAGAGACUACAAGGUUGCCGAAGGCAGAUUCAAGCUCGAUUGGUCGCGGACCUAA